UGGUUCCUUCCGAGGCGCGGACUCCGCCUUCACGAGCGCCGCCAUUUUGUUUGGCUGGAGGGGAGCGAGCGGCGCUUUGGGGGAGGGGUCGCGUAGGCGCCUCACCUGACCCUGCAGCCGGGCGGUCGCUGCUCCGGGGCAAGUCUCCUUCCAGGCCAGGGGCCCGGAAUCAUGUACAUAAAGCAGGUGAUUAUCCAGGGUUUUCGAAGUUACAGAGAUCAAACAAUUGUAGAUCCCUUCAGUUCAAAACAUAAUGUGAUUGUGGGCAGAAAUGGAUCUGGAAAAAGUAACUUUUUUUAUGCAAUUCAGUUUGUUCUCAGUGAUGAGUUUAGUCAUCUUCGUCCAGAACAGCGGUUGGCUUUAUUGCAUGAAGGUACUGGUCCUCGUGUUAUUUCUGCUUUUGUGGAGAUUAUUUUUGAUAAUUCAGACAACCGGUUACCAAUCGAUAAAGAGGAAGUUUCACUUCGAAGAGUUAUUGGUGCCAAAAAGGAUCAGUAUUUCUUAGACAAGAAGAUGGUCACGAAAAAUGAUGUGAUGAACCUCCUUGAAAGCGCUGGUUUUUCUCGAAGCAAUCCUUAUUAUAUUGUUAAACAAGGAAAGGUAAAACAAUUAUCCAACCAGAUGGCAACAGCACCAGAUUCUCAGAGAUUAAAGCUAUUAAGAGAAGUAGCUGGUACUAGAGUAUAUGAUGAGAGAAAGGAAGAAAGCAUCUCAUAUUAGAAAGAAACAGGUAAAAUAAAUGUACGGAAAAAAAUCAAUGAGUUGUUAAAAUACAUUGAGAGAUUACAUACUUUAGAGGAAGAAAAGGAAAAGACUAGCUCCCAGUAUCAGAAGUGGGAUAAAAUGGGGGCGAGCCUGGAAUACACCAUUUACAAUCAGGAACUUAAUGGGGCUAAAUUACUAAACUUGAUGAGCGAGAGACUAGUGGAGAAAAAUCCGAACCCAAUUAUAAGAGAUGCUCAACAGGAUGCAAGAGAUAAAAUGGAGGAUAUUGAACGCCAAGUAGAGGUGAAAACAAGAAUUUCAGCUAUGAAGGAGAAAGAACAGCUUAGUGCUGAAGGCCAAGAACAAAUUAAGCAGAGGACUAAGUUGGGCUUAAAGCCGAAGGAUUUACAAGAUGAACUAGCAGGCAACAGUGAACAAAGGAAACGUUUAUUAAAAGAGAGGCAGAAGCUGCUUGAAAAAAUAGAAGAAAAACAGAAAGAACUGGCAGAAACAGAACCUAAAUUCAACAGUGUAAAGAAAAACGAAAGGAAUUGCUGGAAUCAGGCUCAAGCUACCCAGGAAGAAGCAGGAUCUUUAUCUCGCAGAGGCGAGGGAAGCCAGUUUAUCAAAGAAGAGGAUAAGUGGAUUAAAAGGAACUCAAGUCUUUAAAAUCAGGCUAUUAAUGACAAGAAAAAAAGACAGAUUGCUGCUAUACAUAAGGAUUUGGAAGACACUGAAGCAAAUAAAGAAAAAUCUGGAGCAAGAACCAUUAGUGUUCCAGAUACACCUGGAAAAACAACAAAGUACGUAGGACUUCCAGAAAUACUCAUGUGUUCAGAUAACCUGGGGAUAAGAUUAACCAUUUUAAAUGGAAUAGACAGCAUAAACAAAGUGCUAGACCACUUUCGUCGAAAAGGAAUAAACCAGCAUGUUCAAAAUGGCUAUCAUGGCAUUGUGAUGAAUAACUUUGAAUGUGAACCAGCUUUCUACACAUGCGUGGAAGUCACUGCUGGAAACAGGUUAUUUUAUCACAUUGUUGAUUCAGAUAAGUCAGCCGCGAAGAUUUUAAUGGAGUUUAAUAAAAUGAAUCUUCCUGGAGGAGUUACUUUUCUGCCUCUUAACAAGUUAGAUGUCAGGGAUACUGCUGCCUAUCACCAAAACCAAGUAGAUGCUAUUCCUAUGAUCAGCAAACUGAGGUACAAUUCCAGGGUCGACAAAGCUUUCAAACAUGUUUUGGAAGACUCUUGUUGUCGUAGACAUGGAGGAUUUCAACCCAGCUGACGUGCUUUCACUAUGGACUGUAUUACUUUGGAAGGUGACCAGGUCAGUCAUCGAGGUGCUCUAACUGGGGGUUAUUAUGACACAAGGAAGUCUCGACUUGAAUUGCAGAAAGAUGUUAGAAAAGCAGAAGAAGAACUAGGCGAACUUGAAGCAAAGCUCAAUGAAAACCUACGCAGAAAUAUUGAAAGGAUUAAUAAUGAAAUUGAUCAGUUGAUGAACCAAAUGCAACAGAUUGAGACCCAGCAAAGGAAAUUUAAAGCAUCUAGAGAUAGCAUAUUAUCAGAAAUGAAGAUGCUAAAAGAGAAGAGGCAGCAGUCAGAGAAAACCUUCAUGCCUAAGCAACGUAGCUUACAGAGUUUGGAGGCAAGCUUGCAUGCUAUGGAGUCUACCAGAGAAUCAUUGAAAGCAGAACUGGGAACUGAUUUGCUUUCUCAACUGAGUUUGGAAGAUCAGAAGAGAGUAGAUGCACUGAAUGAUGAGAUUCGUCAACUUCAGCAGGAAAACAGACAGUUGCUAAAUGAAAGAAUUAAAUUAGAAGGUAUUAUUACUCGAGUAGAGACUUAUCUCAAUGAGAAUCUGAGAAAACGCUUGGACCAAGUAGAACAGGAACUUAAUGAGCUGAGAGAGACAGAAGGGGGUACUGUUCUCACUGCCACAACAUCAGAACUUGAAGCCAUCAAUAAAAGAGUAAAAGACACUAUGGCACGAUCAGAAGAUUUGGACAAUUCCAUUGAUAAAACAGAAGCUGGAAUUAAGGAGCUUCAGAAGAGUAUGGAGCGCUGGAAAAAUAUGGAAAAAGAACAUAUGGAUGCUAUAAAUCAUGAUACUAAAGAACUGGAAAAGAUGACAAAUCGGCAAGGCAUGCUAUUGAAGAAGAAAGAGGAGUGUAUGAAGAAAAUUCGAGAACUUGGAUCACUUCCCCAGGAAGCAUUUGAAAAGUACCAGACACUGAGCCUCAAACAGUUGUUUCGAAAACUUGAGCAGUGCAACACAGAAUUAAAGAAGUACAGCCAUGUUAACAAAAAGGCUUUGGAUCAGUUUGUAAAUUUCUCAGAGCAGAAAGAAAAGUUAAUAAAGCGACAAGAAGAGUUAGAUAGGGGUUACAAAUCGAUCAUGGAGCUGAUGAAUGUACUUGAACUUCGGAAAUACGAAGCUAUUCAGUUAACUUUCAAACAGGUAUCCAAGAACUUCAGUGAAGUAUUCCAGAAGUUAGUACCUGGUGGCAAAGCUACUUUGGUGAUGAAGAAAGGAGAUGUGGAGGGCAGUCAGUCUCAAGAUGAAGGAGAAGGGAGCGGUGAGAGUGAGAGGGGUUCUGGCUCACAAAGCAGUGUCCCAUCAGUUGACCAGUUUACUGGAGUUGGAAUUAGGGUGUCAUUUACAGGAAAACAAGGUGAAAUGAGAGAAAUGCAACAGCUUUCAGGUGGACAGAAAUCCUUGGUAGCUCUUGCUCUGAUUUUUGCCAUUCAGAAAUGUGACCCAGCUCCAUUUUACUUGUUUGAUGAGAUUGACCAGGCUCUGGAUGCUCAGCACAGAAAGGCUGUGUCAGAUAUGAUUAUGGAACUUGCUGUACAUGCUCAGUUUAUUACAACUACUUUUAGGCCUGAACUGCUUGAGUCAGCUGACAAAUUCUAUGGUGUAAAGUUCAGAAAUAAGGUUAGUCAUAUUGAUGUGAUCACAGCAGAGAUGGCCAAAGACUUUGUAGAAGAUGAUACCACACAUGGUUAAUUGGAAAAUACUACCUACUGGUUUGGGAGAUGUGUAUAGUAAUAUGAUUCUCAUACCCAGGAACUGUGAAUUUAAACCUAAAUAUUUGGCCAUUAUUAAUAGUUUUCAGACUUAAAGCAUCAUAGUCCUUUUAUAUUUGUCUUUGUAUUUUAUAAGAUACUCUGUAAUGUCAUGUUUGUACUUAUAGUUUAAGAAUUUUGUUUCCUGUACAACUUUUUGUAAAAUGUCCUGCUAUUUUAAAUCUUUUGAAACAUGCUAAAUAUUCUUUCCUAAUUGUUUUAUCACUUAUACUGCCUUUUUUAUAGCUUCAAUUAAAUAAUUGGUUUAUGACUAAU